AUGAGUGCCCGCCUGUGCCCCCGCCGGGGGGCCUGCCUCUGGUUGUGGCUGGGUGUCACCCUGGGACUCAGCCAGAGACAAGCAAGCGGCCGCCUGAAGCUAGUUGUGCUGCCCGAGGACCGGCUGCAGAUGAAGUGGACGGAGUCAGAAGGGCGGAGCCUUGGUUACCUGGUGCAGGUGAAGCCCAUGGCAGGGGACUCGGAGCAGGAGGUGAUGCUGACCACCAAGACCCCCAAGGCCACGGUGGGGGGCCUGAGCCCCUCGAAGGGGUACACCUUGCAGAUCUUCACACUCACGGGCUCGGGGAACGCCCUGCUGGUGCGGAGGGACUUUGUCAUUGAGGAGCUGAAGGGCCACCCCGUGAGCAGGAGCAGCCAGAGGCCCCCAGGGACAGCCCUGGAGCCCACACCCUCCCACGUGGGGAGCUCAGAGCCUGAACCCCGAGUCACCUUGGACCCAAGCCGAGAUCCCUGCCGCCCAGCCGGCCCCCAGUUCCGCUGCAUGCCCCCCACCCCCACGGACAUGAUCUUCCUGGUGGACGGGUCCUGGAGCAUCGGCCACAGUCACUUCCAGCAGGUCAAAGACUUCCUGGCCAGCGUCAUCGAGCCCUUCGAAAUCGGGCCGGAUAGAGUCCAAGUAGGCCUGACUCAGUACAGUGGGGACCCCCAGACCGAGUGGGACCUGAACGCCUUCAGCACCAAGGAGGAGGUGCUGGCAGCUGUGCGCAGCCUCCGCUACAGAGGGGGAAACACGUUCACAGGCCUGGCCCUGACCCACGUGCUGGAGCAGAACCUGAAGCCUGCGGCUGGCCCCCGUCCAGAGGCGGCCAAGGUGGUGGUUCUAGUGACGGACGGCAAGUCCCAGGACGACGCCCGCGCUGCUGGCCGCGUCCUCAAGAGCCUGGACGUGGAGGUCUUUGCUGUGGGUGUGAAGAACGCUGACGAGGCUGAGCUGAGGCUCCUGGCAUCCCAGCCCCUGGACAUCACCGUCCACAACGUGCAGGACUUCCCACAGCUCAGCACACUGGCCGGCCUGCUCAGCCGCCUCAUCUGCCAGCAGGUGCAGGGCAGGGCCCCCCGCUCGGGCCCAGCUGCUGCUCCUGCCCUGGACCCCUUUUCUGCUCCCACCGGCCUGGUUCUGACCCAGGUGACUCCCUCCAGCGUCCACCUGUCCUGGACUCCAGCCCGGCAGCCCCCGCUGAAGUACCUGGUGGUGUGGCGGCCUUCCGGGGGUGGCGCCCCCAGGGAGGUGGUGGUGGAGGGGCCCAGCUGGUCCACAGAGCUGCACAACCUGACCGCCGGCACCGAGUACCUGUUGUCUGUGUUCCCCGUCUCCGAGGCGGGGGUUGGCGAGGGCCUGCGGGGCCUGGUGACCACGGCGCCUCUGCCCCCGCCCCAGGCACUCGCCCUGGCCAUGGUGACACCCAGGACCGUCCGCCUCACCUGGCAGCCCGCGGCCGGGGCCACCCAGUACCUGGUGCGGUGCUCACCAGCUUCCCCGAAGGGCGAGGGGCAGGACAGAGAGGUGCGGGUGGGGCGGCCAGAGGUGCUGCUGGGCAGCCUGGAGCCAGGUACAGAUUACAGCAUCUGGGUGUGGAGCCUGCAGGGCACACAGGCCAGCGAGGCCCGGACCAUUCGUGCCAGGACCCCACCCCUGGACCCCCCGAGACACCUGGGCUUCUCAGACGUGAGCCACGACUCGGCCCGUGUGUCCUGGGAGGGCCCCCCGAGGCCUGUGCGCCUGUUCAGGGUCAGCUACGUGUCCAGCGAGGGCACCCACUCUGGGCAGACAGAGGCCCCUGGAAACGCCACCUCGGCCACUCUGGGCCCCCUGUCCUCCUCCUCCACCUACACCGUCCAUGUCACCUGCCUCUACCCCGGGGGCAGUUCCUCCACUAUGACUGGCCGCCUGACCACACGGAAAGCCCCCAGCCCGAGCCAGCUGUCGGUGACAGAGCUGCCCGGGGACCAGGUGCAGCUGGGGUGGGCGGCGGCGUCCGGCGUGCUUGUGUACCAGAUCAAGUGGACACCCCUGGGGGACGGGAAGGCCCACGAGGUCUCCGUCCCGGGGAGCCAGGGCGCGGCCGUCCUGCCCGGCCUGGGGAGGCACGCGGAGUAUGAGAUCACCAUCCUGGCCUACUACAGGGACGGGGCCCGCAGCGACCCUGUGUCCGUCCGCUACGCCCCCCGCAACCGGAGCCCACCCUCCAACCUGGCCCUGGCUUCUGAGUCACCCAACAGCCUGCGGGUCAGCUGGACGCCCCCGACCGGCCCAGUCCUGCACUACCGGCUCACGUACGCGCUGGCCUCAGGCUCAGGACCAGAGAAAUCGGUCUCUGUCCCAGGACCCAGCAGCCAGGUGACGCUCCAUGACCUGCUGGCAGCCACCAAGUACAGGGUCCUGGUCUCAGCAGUGUACGGAGUAGGGGAGAGUACGGCAGUGUCCGCCACAGGCCGGACGGCCUGCCCGGCUCUGCACCCUGACGGCUCCCUCACAGGCUUCGACCUGAUGGCGGCCUUCGGGCUGGUGGAGAAGGAGUACGCCUCCCUCCGCGGCGUGGCCAUGGAGCCCUCGGCCUUCGGCUCGGCCAGGACCUUCACGCUGUUCAGGGACGCGCAGCUGACACGCCGGGCCAGCGACACCCUCCCGGCCACCCUCCCGCCGGAGCACACGGUCCUCUUCCUGCUGCGCCUCCUCCCGGACACGCCCCGCGAGGCCUUCGCGCUGUGGCAGAUGACGGCCGAGGACUCCACGCCGGUCCUGGGGGUCCUGCUGGACGCUGGCAGGAAGUCCCUGACCUACUUCAGCCACGACCCCAGGGCCGCGCUGCAGGAGGUGACCUUCGACCUCCCUGAAGUGAAGAGGAUCUUCUUCGGGAGCUUCCACAAGGUGCACGUGGCCGUGGGCCACCACAGGGUGCGGCUGUACGUGGACUGCAGGAAGGUGGCCGAGAGGCCCAUCGGCCAGGCGGGCAGCCCUCCGGCCGCCAGCUUCAUCACGCUGGGGAGGCUGGCCAAGGCCCGGGGCCCCCGGGGCAGCUCGGCCACGCUCCAGCUCCAGGCGCUGCAGAUCGUGUGUGGGGACACCUGGGCAGAGGCAGACAGGUGCUGCGAGCUCCCUGCGCUGAAGGGUGGAGAGACCUGCCCGGCCUUCCGUCCUGCCUGCACCUGUUCCCUGCAGACCCCCGGGCCCCCAGGACCCCAAGGACCCCCGGGCCUCCCGGGCAGGAAAGGAGCCCCCGGACAGCAGGGCUUCCCCGGGCCCAGGGGUCCACCAGGGGUCAAAGGAGAGAAAGGGGACCAUGGACUCCCCGGCGUGCAGGGCUCCCCUGGCCACCAGGGCGUCCCCGGGAAGGUUGGCCUCCAGGGUCCAAAGGGAAUGAGAGGCCUGGAGGGUGCCGCUGGCCUGCCCGGACCCCCCGGACCCCGGGGCUCUCAGGGCCUGGCGGGGGCCAGGGGGACCAGCGGAGAGCGAGGACCCCCAGGGGCCGUGGGGCCCACGGGGCUGCCGGGGCCCAAGGGGGAUCGAGGAGAGAAGGGUGAGCCGCAGUCCUUGGCCACCAUCUACCAGCUUGUGAGCCAGGCCUCACACGUCCUGAAGUUCGACUCCUUCCUCCACGAGACCACCAGGCCCCCCAUGCCCAUCUUGGAGGCCCCCGGGCCCCCGAUCACACUAAGUGAGGCCCAGCUCCCUAGAGACGGAGGACGUGGUGGCCCCCACCCUGAGGACAGAGGUGUCUGA